AAGCUCUCAGCGCUGAAAGCUUAAUGAGGAAAGCUGUGAUCAGAGCCCUCCACUGCUCCGCAGUCCAGAUUCUGCAGAUUUAAGCAAGCCGUCCAACUGCUUUCUCAACAUGUGCCGGGGUUUAGCUGCACUGCCUGCUAGCUGCUUGGAGAGAGCCAAAGAGUUUAAAACACGUUUGGGAAUUCUACUUCUUAAACCAGAGUUUGGACAUAAAAUUGGAAACUUCAGCUGGAGCACCAAACAAAAAUAUUCUUUGGAGGAAAUACUUGGAUGGAAGGAGUCCUUUGAUCAAUUGCUGAGAAGCAGAAGUGGCAUGGCAGCAUUUCAUGGGUUUCUUAAAACAGAAUUUAGUGAAGAAAAUCUGGAGUUUUGGCUAGCUUGUGAAGAAUAUAAGAAAAUCCCCUCCAAAGCAAAAUUAGCGGCCAAAGCCAACAGGAUCUUUGAAGACUUUGUUCAGAAUGAGUCUCCCAGGGAGGUAAAUCUCGACCAUGAAACUCGAGAGGCAACCAGAAGGAAUCUUGCUGGGGCCACUUCUACAUGUUUUGAAGAAGCACAAGCAAAAACAUACAUCUUGAUGGAGAAAGACUCCUAUCCCAGAUUUUUGAAAUCUGCUUAUUACAGAGACUUGAUUGAACAAGCAAAUAGCCACAGAACAGGCAAACCUGCACACACCUGAGCCAAUCCCUUAUCAUCAUCUGGAACUGUGUUGGGGAACAGAGACACAGAAUGAAACUGGAGAUGCUGGAAUCCAAAUGGAGGGUGCUAAGAACAUUUCCAUUGCAGAGCUUUGGUUUUUCCUGGCCUGGAUGCCCGGGACCGCCAAUGCUUCCAUGCACCCAGCAGUUCUACUAAAUGUAGACCUUCUCUAGAAAAGAGGCUGCGAGUUGAAAAUACCGAGAGAGCCUAUGAAAAAGAAAUUGAUGCAAGGAAGACUCAGGUCUCCAGAUAGGAAGAGAAAUGCAACAGGAAAGGGAAUGAGAAAUUUGUGGAAAAGGUGGAUUUUGAUUCUCUCCUAAAAUGUUUACAAUUUUUGGAGAGAUCUCUGUGCAUUCAUCUGUUUGAACUGGUGAUAGCCUCCAUCCACUCUCAAAAGCUAGUCUCUGCACCUAUAAACACAGACCAAAAACUGUACAUAGCACAAUUCUCAUAACUUGUAUACACAACAUACACCAGUUUGAGAUUUCUGCCCAUUGCAUGUCAGCCUCAGAGGCCUUCAAUUCUCUGCAUGUUUGUACAGUGACCAUCUUGGUGUUCCAGAGCUUUACAUCCAAAUGGUUUUGCAUUUAUACUCAAGAGGAAGGCUGCAUCUGCUUUGCUACUUCAUACAUCUCAAUCUUCUACCAUCUUGGACAGAUUUCAUUUUAAAGACAUUUGAAAGAUGACCUUGUUUUAUUUAUCUCUGAACAUUAUAUGCAAUCUUGGGAAAUGUGCCCUAUUUUUUAAUUAUUUAUAUUUAUUAUUGUCAUUUUAUUGUUAUUUAUUGUGAUGGGGCAUUAGAUAAGCACAGCACUUUAGAAGUAGGUACUUUGGAUAAACCAUUGCUACAAAGAGCCUACAAUUGAAAGUUGGCCUUUUUAGCCACAUUCAUAUCAUUUACAGAAUAUACUUAUAGGGGACAUUUACAGAUUUUUUUAAAAAAAGAGGGAGACAGGCAAGACCACCUUUGCAAAUAUAAGUCCCUCGGAAUUGUUAGUUUACCUCAUAAACUAGUUUUAUCAACAUGCUGAUACAUAUAUUUAGCCAUUUAAAGCUCAUUUGAUAGUGUGAAUGUGGAAAAAGAAGGGACAGAUUUUCCACUGAACAAUUUCCUGCUUGCUUUAUGGAGAUAAUUUGUAUCAUCACUGUUGAAUGGAUGGUGUAAAACUUAAAUUCCAGGGCUUCAUUUCACAAAUCACUUGUUGAACAUUAGAUUCAGUGAAAGUUGAAAAUAACACAUAACCAGUAGGAUAGUUCAUUUGUGACUUUCCUUCGUUAGGGUGUACUUUUCUAGAGCACUAUACUGUAUUUAAAUUAAUGACAAUUGUUCAUAUCCGUGUGAAACUAUCAGUAGCUCAAUUGAGACAUAUAUAGAUCAGAGAGUUCAGAGUGACUGAACCCCAAGUAACAUUUAAAAUACCAUAUAUCCUGUCUCUCUUGUUUAACCAGCUGCAAAAUAAAUAAUUGUAAGCCUGUUUAGAAUUGUUUAUAUGAUUGAGAUACUGAAAACAGCUGGAAAGAAACCAAAGUUUCACACAAUGACUUAGCAAGUUCUAUUGCUUUUGACCACUAGUUUUUAAGUGCAUGUUCAGAACUGAUUGUAGGAUCGUGUGACAUGGGAGUGAGCUAUUAUAAAUACAUAUUGUAUUACUCAUCCUCAUUUUAAUACCAACACAAUACUUUCAUCGGACAGUUUUCUAUGUUUGGCUGAGAGUCUUGAGUGUUCAAGCAAAAUAGGAUCAUGUGGUAGAAAUGGAUAUAUAAACUAGUUUUCCAUUUCAUUUGUGGAGUCUUUAGCACAGAUAUAGAGAGAAAAAGGACAGAAGAGAUACAUUUAAAUUGAGCAACACUAUAUAUCAGCCGUCUCCAACUUCAUGGCCUCAUGAUGUGUUGGACAUUUUCAGAAUUGCCAGCCAGAUGACUUGGUUGAAUAAAAUUUGUGAUCUAACCAUUCUGGAACAGUACCGCAACUAUAUUUGAGUUGUACUUCUUAGCUGUGGUUAAACAGCUAUCAUAGAUGCUGGUAAAUGGACAAUGCCUAUGAAGAUGAAUGUAUCUGUUUUUUUCUGCAGUAGGAGUCUUGAAAAUAAGUUCUUUAUCCAUUGUCAACAUUUCUAGAUGAGAUGCAUCUCAGGCCAAAUAUAAACAUAAUAUAAAAUAUAACUAAGAAAUAUUAGAGACCCUUCCAGUGUCCAACUAUAAAGUGGUUAGAGCAGCCUUGUAGUUCCUCUGGUCAAAACAGUAGGGAGUCCCUUCUCUAAUCCAAACUGACAUCAUUCUCAUCUAAAAAUCCAAACUGGGAUUCAAACUUUGCUAAGGGCUUGGAUAUGUGUUAUUUACUCACCGGUGGAAGUGGUUCUAUAUUCCUGUUCUUUCACUGAAUGAUUGAGAUACUGCACUGUGGUUUCAUGAAUGUUGUAUUGUCUUUAUUUGAAAAAAUAAAACAAUUGCAGAUA